AUGGCGGCUGUGCCAGAAAGCACUAUUGGUCAACAAGAGGGCGAACUACCGGUCCUCGGAUAUCAAAGUGCUUUGGCCAUGGUCCGCGAUUGUACACAAGGUCUGGAACAGGCAAACUUUCUUCAGUAUGCUUCUAAUCUAGGUGUUGUGAUGAUUGUUUACGCGGCCGUAAUCUUGUUCAAGAUGAUUUGUAUCAGCGAUCCAGAAUUCAUCGCGCCUCAGAGUCAGGACGUGGUCUCGCUUUUAAGACGGCUCAGCGAUGGGAUGCUCUUGGCCGCUGCUUUCCAAGGUACUAAAUGCAGUACUAUGCAGCAUUAUGGUGAAGCACUGUCACGAUUACUGGGCGCUCCUGCUUCCUCGACGGAACAUGCUUCAGUGACUGAAUCUUCUUCUGCUCAACCUCCUCUCAAUUUCGACAACUUCCGUCAACUAGUCAACCUGUUCGAUUUGUCGUGA